UCAGGUCGAGCGAUGAGCAGCAUCAUACCCUCCCUCAUUGCCAUAACAACCGAUGGCACAAUCAGCAUGGUUAGGUGAAAUAAUACUCCUCACAUUACGCACCGCACGGCUCAACAGAGGACAUAAUUAAAACGGAAUACUUUUUUGGGAGAGAGAGACAAGGUGACACGUAGCCCGAAACAAUUUACGUCAAGAUAAUCUAGACCAGCUGAACCCUGCAGGUGCAACCGCAGACGGUGAACGCUGUAGACAGAGAAAAAAGCGAAGAAAACAGGAGACCUGUUUCGAGAGCUGCGGUGACAUUUCUACAGCGGGAAAACAACGAGCUCGAGAAGGUUUUCUGCCUAGCUCAUUCUAUGCGCGUGGGUCUGCUCCUCACGAGCAGGAAGUGUAACUCGAAGCGUGGGAAAGCUGCAUUAUCUCGGGGGGCUACUGAGACGCACUGGCAUCGUUUUCCCCGGUUUCCCCCUGUUCCACCAUGGCUCUGGAGAAUGGAGACUCCGGGAAAGGGACGUGGAAAAAGCAAGUCGACGACAUCAAGAAAAUAUUUGAAUUGAAAGAGAUCCUCGGAACCGGGGCGUUCUCUGAGGUGGUGUUGGCCCAGGAGAGGUCUACAGGGAAGAUGUUUGCUGUGAAGUGUAUCCCCAAGAAGGCCCUGAAGGGGAAAGAGAGCAGCAUCGAGAACGAGAUCACCGUGCUCCGCAAAAUCAAGCAUGAGAACAUAGUAGCUUUGGAAGACAUAUAUGAGAGUUCCAACCACCUCUACCUGAUCAUGCAGCUAGUGUCGGGAGGUGAGUUGUUUGACCGUAUCGUGGAGAAGGGGUUCUACACAGAGAAAGAUGCCAGUACGCUCAUCAGACAGGUGCUAGACGCUGUCGACUACCUCCACAAGUUGGGCAUCGUCCACAGAGACCUGAAGCCAGAGAACCUGCUGUAUUUUAACCCCCAGGACGAGUCUAAGAUCAUGAUCAGUGACUUUGGUCUGUCCAAGAUGGAGGGCAGCGGGGAUGUCAUGUCUACCGCGUGCGGCACGCCGGGAUACGUGGCUCCAGAGGUUCUUGCUCAGAAGCCCUACAGUAAGGCAGUGGACUGCUGGUCCAUAGGAGUCAUUGCAUAUAUCCUGUUGUGUGGCUAUCCUCCAUUCUACGAUGAGAAUGACUCCAAGCUCUUUGAGCAGAUCCUCAAAGCAGACUACGAGUUUGAUGAACCAUACUGGGACGACAUAUCUGAUUCAGCCAAAGACUUUAUCGGCAGUCUGAUGGAGAAAGACCCGGCGAAGCGUUACACCUGUGACCAGGCCCUCAGACAUCCAUGGAUCGCUGGGGACACGGCCCUCUGCAAGAAUAUCCACGAGUCUGUGAGCAGACAGAUCAGGAAAAACUUUGCCAAGAGCAAAUGGAGGCAAGCCUUCAAUGCCACCGCAGUGGUGCGACACAUGAGGAGACUGCAGUUGAGCAGUAGUAUGGGCCACAGCAUGGACAGCUCUCACCCUCACCCUCCUAACAGCCGGGCAGCACAGAUGCAGAAUCAACGGAACCAGGCCAACCAGAACCAGGCCAACCAGAACCAGGCCAACCAGACUCCCAACCAGAUCCCUAGCCAGAGCUCUACUCAACCCUCUCCGAGUCCAAGCCAGACUCGGAGCCAGAGCCAGAACCCUAAUGCAGCCAUUAUGAAGAGCUUUUCUGUGGACUCACCUCACAAGGACUGUGCCCCUCCCACCCCCUGCAGCCUGGUGUCUGCAACCUCCUCUGCCCCCUCCAUGGGGGCGGAGCUCGCCCGGCCCCACCCCUCCACUGUUGCCACGGUACUAACAGAGACUAAGUGACGCCAGGUCCCGCGGGGGACCAGCUGGGAGGCCACGGCGCUGUGAGAGAGAGAGAGAGGGGCGAAAACCGCACCCCCCCUUCCUUACCGUGCCCC